GGGGAAUAUCAGAACCUAGCUGCGCUGGCCGCAUCUAUGGUGUUUCUUAUUCGAAAACGGAAUUCAUGGCAACUUUUCUAUUAAAACAACGCAUUAAAGCACAAGAUCGAAGAAAGGGUGCACUUUAUAGAGUUAAAAGAUAGUCUAUGCAAGGAUAAAUAUUGAAUUUGCUACUUCCAAUUUACAGGCUUUAAAAAUGACAAAAGUGACUUGCAAAAAAAAGUGUUAGUUGAUAUAGAUUUUUUGUUGUUGUUUCUUUUACCCUGCAAAGCAGGCGCGAAUAUUUUUGGCGCACGCUUCGAGGCGGCAAAAUUACUAUUAUUCAAACGACAUGCAAGUUUCAACAAAAAUUAGUGAAUUAGAGAGAAAAUUUGACCAUUAGAGCUUUAUUAUUCAGAAUCACAAGAAUGAAUUAUAUGAAAGUUGUGGGUUGUUUGAUGGUUAAAAGGGGCUUCCAAAAAUCAUGAGUCCAACUGCUUACUCUUCAAGCAACCGCCCUCCCCCUAAAGAGGGUUCCCUCACUCUCGAGGAGAAAAGGUUUCUUGUUGCCGUAGAAAGAGGAGAUUUAGCAUCUACAAGAAGGUACCUAGAAAGCUCCAAGGAUACUGGAAUCAACAUUAAUUGCACAGAUCCUUUGGGUCGAUCAGCAUUAUUAAUGGCUAUAGACAACGAAAAUUUAGAAAUGGUGCAGUUACUUAUAUAUAGCAAUGUAGAAACUAAAGAUGCCCUUUUACAUGCUAUUAAUGAAGAAUUUGUUGAAGCAGUUGAGUUGCUUCUGGAACAUGAGGAACAGCAUCAUGUAAAGGGUUCGGCUCAUAGUUGGGAAGCCAUUGAUCGAGACAUCGCAACAUUCACUCCAGACAUCACACCAUUGAUCUUAGCCGCUCAUCGAGACAACUACGAAAUCAUCAAGAUCUUGUUGGAUCGCCUGUCUAAUGAUUCUUCCCAAGCUCCAUUAGAUAUUCGAAUCCCAACACCUCAUGAAGUACGAUGUGGUUGUGUAGACUGUGUCAAAUCAAGUUGUGAAGACAGUCUAAGACAUUCAAGAUCUCGCAUUAAUUCUUAUCGGGCUUUGGCAUCACCAUCUCUAAUUGCUCUCUCAAGCAAGGAUCCAAUCCUAUCUGCUUUUGAGCUCUCAUGGGAGCUAAGGAGACUUAGCUUUAUGGAACAAGAGUUUAAAAAUGAAUAUCAAGAGCUUCGACGUCAAUGUCAGAAUUUUGCAACUGCUUUAUUGGACCAUACACGUAGUUCAUAUGAGUUAGAAGCAAUGCUCAAUUAUGAUCCUACGGGACCCGCUUUUGAACAUGGAGACCGUAUGCAUCUCAGCCGGCUCAAGCUUGCAAUCAAAUAUAAACAAAAGAAAUUUUGUGCUCAUCCGAACGUCCAACAACUUCUCGCAUCCAUCUGGUAUGAGGGCCUUCCAGGAUUUCGAAGGAAAAAUAUUCUUCUUCAAGUAGCUGAGAUUACAAGGAUAGGUUUGAUGUUUCCAGUCUUCUGCACAGCCUAUAUAAUAGCUCCAAAAUCACACUUAGGAAGAACACUGCGAAAACCUUUUAUCAAAUUCAUUUGUCAUUCCGCAUCAUACGUUACCUUUUUAUUUCUCUUAAUCUUGGCAUCACAACGAAUCGAGACUGUAGUCGUAGAAUGGUUUGGUACAGAAGAAAUGAGACAUCGUCUACAUAGUGAUGUCACUACAAAACGUGGAGCACCUCCCAGUGUUGUUGAGUUAAUUAUUCUUACUUGGGUAAUGGGUCUCAUAUGGAGUGAAAUUAAACAGUUGUGGGAUAGUGGUCCAUUGCAGUACAUUAAUGAUAUGUGGAAUAUCAUCGAUUUCAUCACAAACUCACUUUAUGUCGCCACGGUAGCUUUAAGAAUCAUUGCAUAUUUUCAGGUGCAAAAAGAGAUAGCAGGAGAUACGGGAACUGCUUAUCUGCCCCGUGAAAAGUGGGACGCAUGGGAUCCCAUCCUCAUCGCAGAGGGACUUUUCGCAACAGCUAAUAUUUUCAGUUCGUUGAAACUGGUGUAUAUUUUUUCGGUGAAUCCUUAUUUAGGACCUCUCCAAAUAUGCCUUGGUCGAAUGGUAAUUGAUAUUAUAAAGUUUUUCUUUGUCUACACCCUUGUACUGUUUGCGUUUGCUUGUGGUAUGAAUCAACUCCUAUGGUACUAUGCUGAUAUGGAAAGACAAGUAUGUUAUUCGGGAAAAAAUGGCCAGGAUAGUAAACCAGACCAUUCUGCAUGUUUAACGUGGAGAAGGUUUUCCAACUUGUUCGAAUCCUCGCAAACAUUAUUCUGGGCGAGUUUCGGUCUUAUAGAUUUGGACAAUUUCGAACUAACUGGGAUUCAGACUUACACCAGAUUCUGGGGACUGCUUAUGUUCGGAUCCUACUCUGUCAUCAACGUUGUCGUUCUCCUAAACCUUCUCAUUGCCAUGAUGAAUCAUUCCUACCAAAUCAUCUCAGAACAUGCUGAUGUAGAAUGGAAAUUCGCCCGAACGAAACUGUGGUUAAGUUAUUUUGAAGAUGGAGCAACGGUGCCCCCGCCUUUUAAUAUUAUCCCUACUCCCAAAAGUGCUAUGUAUCUUUUUCGAUGGCUAAAAAGAAAGUUUUGUGCUACACGAACAGUUAAAAAGAAAGAUUUAAAGACUAUAAGGAGAAAAGCGAAGCAAGCAAGUGAAAGGGAUCUGCGAUACAAAAAAAUUAUGAGAAAUUUGGUUCGCCGGUACGUUACCAAGGAGCAAAGAAAUGCAGAUAAUCAAGGAGUGACCGAAGAUGAUGUAAACGAAAUUAAGCAAGAUAUUUCAGCCUUCCGUUUCGAACUUAUAGAAAUCAUGAAAAACAGUGGAUUCAACACUUCAAGUGCUAAUGAUCAAAUGCAAGGAGGCUUAGCAAAAGGAACAGGAGGAAAGAAAGGUCGUCAAAAAGAACGUCGACUGAUGAAAGGUUUUGAUAUUGGCGUCGUAAAACAACCACCAAACAAAUCCAGUCAGAAAUCAGACUUAGAAGCAGCAACAAAAUCACCAAGAACUAGAUGGCUGAAGUUAGCAAAUUUAGCAAACGGCAAAAAACAAGCCAAGCGUCAACAAGGAGGAGGGGGUAAGUGGCCAUAUAGCGAACGGAAUUCAAGAAGCUCUAAAGGUAAAAAUCAAGACAGUCUAAGAAGUAGGAGCAUGGAAUCAAUUAGUUCUGAGGUAACAUCUGAGGCAGAAGCUACGCACAACGAUACUACCUCUAGUGAGUCAUCAAAUAGCCUCGCUGGUUCUGCGACUGGACAAGAAGGAAGCACCGAAGGAGUCGCAAUUGUGAUCAGUGAUGAUGAAUUAAUGAAAUGUGAUCGGGCUACAAAUACAGAUACACCUGCAUUAAAAUGGUCCAAAUUAACGAGCAAACUUGGUAUGCUCUCAUUCCCUUCCCGUUUCAGAAUGGCCUUUCACGAUACAACUCCCGAAAGAGGACUUCCACAUCAUUUAGAACCUCCUCCUCAAACCAGAUUGCAUCAUGGUGAUGUUGGAAAGAAACCAAAAGCACGCAGAACAGUAAGUGCACCAGCGCCAAGUGUUAAUCCAAAGCAUCACCAAUUGGUCAUGCGAUCACAUGGUAAAACUCCAUAUGCUUCAAUUCCAUCAGUAAGUGUUUCGGUUCAAAACAGCGCCCAAACAAUUAGUACCCUUUCGGGAAACAUCGACAGUGUAGAGGAGGCACCACCAAAUGGAAGUUCAACGUUAAAUUCGCCGUCUUCCCCUGAAACACCUAAAUUAAGAUUGCAGGAACGUUUUCCAGUGCCUACAGUCCACAUCGAAGAGGAAAUAGUAGUGAAAGGAGCUUCAAACAAAGAGGCAUCUUCCAGAAGAGACCCUGCAGUUAAAGAUGUCUCUCAUAGUUCCACAACGCCUGAUGAUGCUACACCAACUAUUACUAACGAUCCCAUAGUUUCUAGUCAACCUGUAAGUCCUCAUAAACCUAGUAACGGAACUUUAGGUUUAAUAUCCACAGUUUAUGGUAUUGAACCUGUAAACAAAGAGAUGAGAACUGGGUGGAUAUGACUUGAACUCUCUUAUAGCAGUGCCAAAUCAAUUAUUUUUUUAAAAAUCCCUUUGGCACAUUAAUUCCUUGAAUUUAGUAAACUUUCUUCUAGAAACUGGUCGAUAGAUUAGUUUGUUUUACUAACACAAAAGCAGUUUUAGUGAACUUAAAAGCAAAUAUAUUAUUGAAUCUACAAAACAUUCAUAUUGCUAAAAAAGAUGUAUGAGAAACAGAAAUACUAGAGAUAUUACUGUUGAUAUCUUUACCACGAGCUUUUAAAAAAUUUUAUGACAUACAUAAUUUUUUUUCUGAGCUUAACCAGAAUU